UUGGUGAGAGCUGGAGAGAGCGAAGGUUCGUAUGCUCUGAGAGAUUAGUGUUCUCUAAACCCGUCAGAGGUCCUUGUGGUUUCAGACUGAGGAUCUCAGAGACGAUGCUGAGCGGACCUGCAGGCUUCAGAUGGACCGUCAUCAUAUUAACGUGCCAACAUAAAGACAGUGUUUAUGCCUUUCAAAAAGAGCUGGACCUGCGUCAGACCCGGGGCUCGGUGGGCCCGGGGACCCUGCUCCUGACGGCCUCGGACCCGGAGGAGAGGCUGGGCAGCGGGGGGGCCACGCUCAACGCCCUCCUGGUGGCAGCCGAGCAUUUGAGCGCCCGAGCAGGCCACACGGUGGUGACGGCCGAUGUCCUGGAACACGCCCACAUCCUGGUCCUUCACACGGGCCGGGACUACCCGUGGGGCGGCUGCAGCAGGGCCUUCAGCUGGCUGGCGGAGGAGGCGGCGUCCCCCAGGCUGACGGCCCCGGUGUGCUGUGUGGACCAGCUGCUGGACCGUCUGGACACCCAGAUCUGCCCGGGAUCGCCCCCUGGGGUCUGGGUCUGCAGCACCGACAUGCUGCUCAGCCUACCGCUCGACUACGCCCCAUCCUGGGAGGGUUUCUCCGGGGUCAGGGUGCUGGCUCUGCCCGGCGACCCCUCCUUCGCGGCCCAUCACGGAGUCUACCUCGCCGACCAGCAGGGGACGGUGAAGGACAUCAUCUACAGAGGCAGCAGCGAGGAGAUCCAGCGAGCGUCCCUGCCUGACGGGAACGUACCCAUGGUAUCAGGCGUUGUGUUCUUCAGCAGCAGCGUAUCAGAGCGCUUGCUGCAGACCCAUGUGACCCCUCCUCUGGACGGCUGCACCUACCUGGGCCUGGACUCUGGAGCCCCGUCCCUCCAGAUCUCUCUGUUCCUGGACGUGGUGAAGGCACUGUGUGCCGACCUGACUCUAGAGCAGUUUGUCAACAGAGAGCCAGAAGACGGCCGCACUCUGGAACCCCCCCAGCGGGCAGCGCUGAGGCGGGGGCGAGAGACACUGUGGCACACGCUGAGAGGAGCCUCGCUCACAAUGGCGUACGUCCCAGGUGGUCGCUAUGACUACCUGAGUCUCUCUGCCAAGGACCAUGUGACCCGUCUGACCCGCGACACCAUGGGGAACCGGUUCAUACUGGCCCACGUUCAGAGCCGUCCCUCAGUGAGUCCCGGAGCCAGGGUCAUCAACUCCGUCCUCCAGGGAGACGUCACCGUGGCAACCGCCUCUGUGGUACAACAUUGUCACCUGCAGGGUCCGCUGAGCCUCCCCUCAGGGGGGCUGCUCUCCGGCCUGGACCUCCAGGCCUCCUCCCACCUCCGGAGGCUCACCCUGGCUGAUGACCUCAUCAUCCAGGGACACAGGAUCCGGCUGGGCGGGCUGCAGCUGACGGUGUUCAGCGCUCUGGGCGCCCGCGACCACCUGGAGGGAUCCUCUGAGACCAUCCUGAACCAGGACUGGAGCCACUUCUACGCACGCACCGGCAUCCAGCCAGAGGACCUGUGGGCUCCAGGUAAGCCCCGCCCCCUGCUGGAGGCCCGCCUCUUCCCCGCCCUCCAGGCCAGGGGGGGGGCAGUGGGCCUGGACCAGGGGGGCGUGGCCUGGCUGCUGGGCGGGGCCGGGUCACUGGAGCGGUGGAGAGGGGCAUGGCGGCUGUCACUCAGAGAGCUGCUGUCGCUCACCGACCAGGAGGCGGAGCUCCGAUGGAGGGAGGAGCUGUUGUUCCUGGUGGGCCAGAGGAGAGUGAUUGACACGCUGACCAGCCAAUCAGACGACUGCCUGCUGCCCUGCUUCAGAGCAGCAGUCCUAGGCGGCCAACAGGGGGAGCUGCUGAAGACCCUGGACUCCAUUGCUGCAGGCACCCUGGAGGGGGCGUGGCCAGGGGCGGGGCCAGAGGCGGGGGCGGAGGCGUGUCUGGGCGUGGCCGCUCGCGCCCUGGCCUGUGUGGCGGACGUCCUGGUGUGCAUGGCGGGGGAGGGGAAGGGCGGGCUGCGAAGCGGCCCAGCUGCCAAUCAGGCGUGGAGCCCCGCCCUCAGCCUCCUGGAGGAGGGGCAGGUGCAGGAGGGCGUGGCCAGCCUGGCCAGGGAGAGAGAGCUCUGGCUGCACAGACCCGACCUGCUGGUGCGUGCGGCGCGGCACUACGAGGGGGCGGGGCAGGUGCUGCUGCGGCGCGCCCUGAUGUCCUCCCAUUGGUCGGUCUCCACAGGCCCCGCCCCCGUCCCGCCUCUGGACCGCUGGCAGGAGGUGGACUGCCCCGCCCGGCUGGACCUGGCAGGGGGCUGGAGCGACACGCCCCCCAUCGCCUUCGAGCACGGCGGCUCGGUCACCAACAUGGCGGUCAGGGUGGACGGGCAGCGGCCAAUCGGAGCCCGCGCCCGCCGCAUCAGGGAGCCCCUCCUCCUGUUGGUCAGCCAUGCCGGGGGGCGGGACAGCGAAGUCGCCACGGAAACCAUGUGUGAAAGUCUGGAUGAUCUGAAGGACCACUGUCAGCCUCACGCCCCCGGCGCUCUCCUCAAGGCAGUGUGUGUGUGCAGCGGCCUGGUGUCGCUGAGCUCCCAGCAGCCUCUGGGGCAGCAGCUGAUGGAGCGCUGGGGGGGAGGGGUGGAGCUGCACAGCUGGUCCCUGCUGCCCCACGGCUCCGGGCUGGGUACGAGCAGCAUCCUGGCGGGGGCGCUGUUGGCUGCCGUCUACCUGAUAACCGGCCGCUCCUACAGCCCUGAGGGACUGGUCCACGCCGUGCUGCACCUGGAGCAGCUGCUGACCACAGGUGGAGGCUGGCAGGACCAGGUGGGGGGGCUGGUGGGUGGGGUGAAGGUGGGGCGCUCCCGGGCGGCGCUGCCCCUCCGGGUGGAGGUGGAGCGUCUCACUCCAUCACAGCACUUCCUGGAAGAAGUCCAACGGCAUCUCCUAUUGGUCUACACCGGCAAGACCCGCCUCGCACGCAACCUCCUGCAGGAUGUGGUGAGGAGCUGGUACGCCCGCCUGCCCUCCAUCGUGCAGAACGCCCACGACCUGGUGGCCAACUCUGAGGCCUGUGUGAGGGCCUUCACAGAGGGCUCCCUGCAGGGCCUUGGGGCGUGUCUACAGCGGGCGCGGCAGCAGAAGAGGCAGAUGGUGCCGGGCUGUGAGCCCAGCUCCGUCAGGCUGCUGAUGGAGGCGCUGGAGCCGCUGGCGCUGGGCCAUAGCCUGGCGGGGGCGGGCGGAGGAGGCUUCCUCUACCUGCUCACCAGGGAGCCCCUGCAACGGCUCGCUGUGUUGGAGCUGCUUCAGCGCACCCCGGUAACACCACCCGUACCCCACCCUAACACCACCCCACCUUGUUUACCCUGUGCUGGUUACUGUGGUAACGGUUGUUUGUUCCUCAGGGUCUCGGAGACUUCAGUGUGCACAGCGUGGAGCUGGACCCGGAGGGGCUGAGCGCCUUGCCACCCGGCUGAGACACACACCUUUUCUGUAAUGGUUAAACAUUAAAGUAUUAACAAUUGAA